GUGACUCGCGCGCGUGUCGGAGCCAGCCAGGAGCCCCGAGCGGUCGCCAAUUAAACGUUCCGAGAGCCCAAGCCCUCGUUAGGGCCUGGGGGAAGGCGGGUUACCCGUGUCCCCGAACGGCGGCGGCGGCCAAAAAGAUGAAGAACUUUUGCAUCCCAUCACUUUUCUUUUUCCCCUCUUGGAAAGGUGUUGCGGGGUGUUGUGCCAAAACAACUACUGCACCACUGGAUCGAGUAAAGAUUUUGCUGCAAGCUCAUAACCACCAUUACAAACAUCUAGGAGUGUUUUCUACAUUGUGUGCUGUCCCCAAAAAGGAAGGUUACCUUGGGCUGUAUAAAGGAAACGGGGCAAUGAUGAUUAGAAUCUUUCCAUAUGGCGCAAUUCAGUUUAUGGCAUUUGACCAAUAUAAAAAGGUAAUAAAGAAGCAACUUGGGAUUUCAGGGCAUGUGCAUCGAUUAAUGGCUGGAUCUAUGGCAGGUAUUACAGCAGUGAUUUGUACUUACCCUCUUGAUAUGGUUAGAGUUCGUCUGGCGUUCCAAGUAAAAGGGGAACACAAGUACAUGGGAAUUAUCCAUGCAUUCAAGAUGAUUUACACAAAGGAAGGUGGUUUUAGUGGGUUCUACAGAGGGCUGAUGCCAACUGUUGUAGGAAUGGCGCCAUAUGCGGGUUUUUCAUUUUUUACCUUUGGUACCUUAAAGAGCAUUGGACUUGCUCAAGCACCUAACUUGCUUGGACGACCUUCAUUAGAUAAUCCCGAUGUCUUAGUUUUGAAAACACAUGUAAAUCUGCUGUGUGGUGGCAUAGCUGGAGCAAUAGCUCAGACGAUAUCAUAUCCUCUUGAUGUAACUCGUAGGCGAAUGCAGUUAGGAGCAGUUCUCCCAGACUCUGAAAAGUGCCUUACGAUGGUGCAGACACUGAAGUAUGUGUAUCAACAACAUGGAAUACGAAGAGGAUUAUAUCGUGGUUUAUCUCUAAAUUAUAUUCGUUGUAUUCCUUCCCAGGCUGUGGCUUUUACCACAUAUGAACUUAUGAAACAGUUCUUGCACCUCAAUUAAUUUUUUUUUUUUUAGAAGACUUCCCUGUAAAACUAUACUGUCAGUCCUUAAAUUAAAUUGGUGAGUAAAUUACUUGAAGUUUAAAAAAAACCUAUCUGUUACUGUGGAACUGCUGUGUCUGACAUUUUUAUUUGCCAAAAUGUGGUUAAUUUCCUGGAGUCAAACCAGGAGACAGAUCAAAAUAAACAUUAGUUAGCUAUAAACAUUUUUUUGCACUUGAUCUCCUAGGCUUGAUUAGAUUAAUGUUAAGAAUUACACAGUUUUAAAAUUACACCCGCAUUUUAUACGGGUUUCAAGCUGUUAGUUAUUUAGCCUUAUCACCAUUCCAGGAGUUACACACAUGGUUAUACUACAUUUUAAGCUAGUAGUUAGACAUCUGUUCUUCUUUAA